UUUUCGCUCAAAGACACCACCACCACCAACGACAUUGCGCCGACCCCCUCCCAACCCCAACCAUGUGUGGUGUGGCGAAGAGUUACAUUUAGACCGAAAGCAAAACCACUAUCUUCCCGCCCCAACCACCUGUCGCCGCCCUCACAAAUACUUCGGGCAUCGCAUUCGCGCACACUCUCGCCGCCACUACCCCUGCUCGUCCAUCGCUAUCGCCCCCUACCCAUCAGACCCAUCACUACCCGCCAGCCUGUCACUGCCCACAGUACUUCACUCGUCCCUGCACCACCCACACCAGCCCCCCAUAUAACCAUAGUUGUUGUCUGAGCCCUCGUAACCUACACCGUUGGAUUUACACAUCAACCAAUUUUGAAUUGUAGCGAGUUGUCGUCGUAGAUUCAGAAAUUGGGAGACACAUAAGAAAUUGGGGUCUAUUUUUGCAAUUAGAAAUCCUAAGCAACGAAUCAAUGAGGGACGCAAAGAUCCUACAUUCCUACAUGCUACCAUCGGUGAAGUUAGAUUGCGGCAGAUGUGGUGGCUGCAAGUCACAAUGGAGCUUGGUUAGUGGUGGUUCAACGAUGAGGACGAAAGUGAUCGAGAAGGCUAGCGAGACAGGAAAAAACUGGAGAUGUGAGAACCCUAGAGACGUGCGGCAACCAAGUGGCCUCUCUCGUUUGGUUUUGAGUGAAUCGGAGGUGUCCGGUGACUGCCCUUUGACUUACGUACGAGGAUUCUGGCGCACUAUAGGCUUAUGCCUUUUCGGUGUGUCUUUUUCAAUCUGUUUUCAUAAUUUAGAUUUCUUUCUCCGUCUGAUUUUGUUUGAUUAAAUUUUCUUGCUUUGGCUCGAGGUAUUGUUGUGGUUCAUUGUAAACGUUUGUUUGUUGGGUUGUGCUACUAAGUUCGAUUUGUCGCCAAAUUUUGUGAGCGUGCUUUGUCCAUCGUUUUCUAAUGGAGAUAUAUCUCUUACUUAUGGGAGGAUGUCUAUUCAUGUGUCUAUGGGAUUAUCGGCGUAUAGAGUAGUGUAAUAGUCAACCGACUUGAGGUCAAUACGUACUACAUGUGCGGAGUGAUGUACUUUGAUCAUGACCAACGAUUGCACUCUUAUAAGUGUAGACAUGACAUGUGUUGGGUACAUCAUGAAGCACAUAGAGUAAUAGUUGAGCCAAGAAAGGAUUCAUUCCUCAUAAUAGAUUAAGAGAGAACAUUCUUAUUCUCAUAUCUAGAUGGAUCAUAAAGUCAUUGGCAAUCGCAAAGAUAUAUUCGUUUUGGAUAUCGAAUAUGAUCAUUAUGGAUCAUCUAGAAAGAUUGAGAGACAGAAACUAAGUUAUUGGAAUAGACACAAUAUCAUGUUCUAGACUUAGUUGAAUGUUCGUUGAAUGAAAGCACUCUAUCACUAUGAGUCUAUGGGCUCUAUAUCACAGGGAGUUUGAAUAGUCCUCGCAAACGUCCUUAUAUAUUAAGUUUGUAUGGUAAAUCGUCUAGUGAUUCUGCUAAGACCUUAAUUUGAUUAGUGUUUAAUAUAUAAGGCCCUAUGGGUCACACAACAAGUGAUUAUACCUUCUGAUUGAAUUGUUAGAAGGAAUUGAAUAUUAUUAAUUGGAUUAAAUAAUAUUUAAUUCAUAGUACUGAAAAUGGAUUAAAUAUUAGUUAGACUAAACUAUAUUUAAUUCAUGAUGUUGAGAGAAUUCAUAAUUAAAUAAAGUUUUCUUUAUGAUUUGGAAUUAGAAAGAAAAGGUAAAACAAAAUAAAUAAUGAUGGUGAGGAAAAGGGGCGUGCAACCCACUUCCCUCACAUCAUUAAUUUGUUUUGUUUAUUUUAUUUAAUUAAUUGAAUAUGGGUAUUGAUCCUGUAAUCCUGUUAGGACUGGAACUCAUUAAUGGUCCAUAUGGAGGUUGAUGGAAUGGGUCAAAAAACAUCUCAACAACGGUGCUCCCGGAACAACACCGUCUGAAAUACUGAUAGGUCCUGCAAAUGAGAUGCUUUCUUUGGACGUGGCUGGCCAAACCCCUCUUCCCUUCCCGGUGACUGGUAAAACCGGGAUGCUAGAAUUAUUUUGUUGCUUUUCUUUAAGAAAUUCUUAUUUACUCCCUUAUUUUAGUAGCAAGUUCAAUAGUGUUGUUAAGUUUAGUCUACAUAGUUGCGGGAUUAGCGAAUAUGAUUGAUCCGUGGGGGCUGAUCGACUCUAUAUCUCAUCACAGUGUAGCUUUGAGCUAUUGUAUUGCCCUCGUGUUACUUUCAUUGUUAAUAAAUAGAUAUUCUUCUUUCAUAACAAAAUAUUGAUUAAAAUUUGAAGUUUGCGGC